CUUUUCAUGAUGCUGAGGUAUUUUUCAUGAAGUGGGAGGUCCUCGAGGUCGAAACUAGAGAUGUUCUUUUCUUUCACUUGAUGAUGAUGAUAGUGCUGAAUGGACUGAUUUGAUGCUUUCGGGGAUAAGCUCCCGAGCGCAACUGUCACUGUCACCACCUGACCAGCCCUGCUUGUUUCUGCCUUCAAUCCGGCUUUUUAGACCACCUCUUUUUCCUCCUCUUCUCCUCUUGAUUCCCCUGGUUCUUUUCUUCUUCUUCUUCUUCUUCUUCUUCUUCUUCUUCUCUUUAUCCCGGUCGGGAUUAUCAUUUCUUCCCCUCUAUAUAAUUAUCACUUUUAUUCAUUCUUUUUCUCCCUUCUUCCCCCCCUUGGUUCCUCUUUCACCGCCCCCCAUCUACUCGCCUGCACGGGCUCUGCUGCUUGUUGUCGUCAUCGCUACUGGCCGCUCGCUUCCCCCGCCGUGAUGGAUUUCCAUCUGGUGCCUCGAGGGGAAGACCGUAAUUAUACCGGGUUCCUCACCAAAACCAUUGUUUAUACGGCCUCGUUGAUUGUAUUCCUGGCCUCUUUCGGUCUCACCGUCGCCUCCAUCGUCGUUCCGAAAUGGGUCACCUAUACGGAUGAUAAAGAUCCCCAAUGGCGUUACACCUACGGCCUCCACCGUCGCUGCUCCCAUGUAACCGGUCAAUGCGAGACUUUUCCCCAGAAUGAUGAAUGCCACGGUGACAACCGCUACUUCUGCUCCAUGUGGCGCUCCGUCGGGUUUCUGAUGUCGUUCGCCAUCGUGUUGGAGGGAAUGACCGUGGUCGCGUAUUUGAUUGUCUUGUCUGGGGGGAAGCGUCUGCGCGAGUCGGGGUGGAAGAUUGUCAGUUUGUUGAUUAUUCUGUCGGCGGCGGUGCAGGCAGCUAGCAUGUCGCUUGUGGCAUAUCUCGUCGAUAAUGAAGACCGGUUUGCCAAUGGAUGGGUAUUGAAUGAGUCGUGGAUCUUCUGCACCGUGAGUUGGUGUGUGAGUCUGUUUGUCGCCGGGGUGUUGAUCCUGGCGGGUACUACGCUGCCGUCGGAGGGUGGCUAUGAGUUGAUCCCGGAUCAGAUCAACUGAUUGAGCUUGCGCCCAUGGAAGUAAAAAGAUGGAUGCAACAACAUAAUGAGGGAUAUGAUUUGAUUGGUAAUGAGUGGCGUUGGUGGAUGUGAUUGCAGUAUGCUUUUCAGCCUGAUGUUAUUGUUAUUGGUAUUUGAAAACGGUGUAGUUAGCUGGUAUAGUUAACGUGAUAUAAUCAAGAGAUUAUGAUGAU